AUGGAAAACGAUAAAUUGGCUGAAAUCAAUCAUAAAAUUGCUGAAAUUAAGAAACGUAUACUGCUGGCAGAAGGCCAAAAGACAGCCAAUACAGCAGAAUGGCAGAAACAGAAUCGUAUCAAUUGUGAUACAAUUGCAUCCUUGAAAAAGGAUAUAAAAGAACUUACAACAAAAUGUGGUCGUCUGCGAAAUCCUUUGCAACGACCCGUACUCAUCAAAGAAAAUCCAGCAGUUGCUGGUUCUGUGGCAACAGCUCCUUUAGAAAAGCGCAAAACGAGUGCUGCUGCUACUGCUCUGCCCACAAUAGUUGUGGGCAAAGUAAAUUAUCCCAUUGGCGCCAAAAAUGCUGAAGAUGCUAUUUUCCUUACAGACUUGAAAAUAACGGAAAAUCGCAAACAGUUGGAUUUAUUAAGGCAUCGUUUCAAGUGUCGAAAACAACACUUUGCUAAACUAAUGGAACAGUAUCGUGAAUUGCUGGCUAAUAAAGAGGCUCAAGAACAGAAUUUAGGUGAAAAACCACCAGAGACAUUGGAAGAGGAUAAUAAUCGUAAGUUGGUUUGCCAAUUGGAAAAUCAAAUUCAUCGCACCAAUGUUCAAUGGAUGGAAGCUGAACAUAUACGUAAGAAAUAUCGCUCCAUUGAGGCUUCUUUGAUGAACGAUGCCGAACGUUUCGAAAGAAGUUUAAAGGAAUUAGAGGUGGCUUUAAAUGAACAGCAACAGGAAAUAAAUCGACUACAGCAAGUCCACAAUGAAGCCAUUGAAAUGCGUGACUCAGCCAAGGUUAUUCUACUGCGGCAGGAGCAACAAGCCAACCUCUCGCAAAAGACACGCGAGCGUCAAGCCAUGGAAUUUCGCAAACUCGUCGAACAACGUAAACUGGAAUUGGAGAGAAUCGGCCGUAAACUUUUCUUUGAAGGUAAGACAUUACAUCACCAAGACAGUAUUGGUUCUAGUACAGGAGAUCAACACACCGGCAAGACUGAAGCCGAUGAAGAUGAAAAUUCCCAAUUAAAAAAUGUCACCAGUGAUAUGGAGGAUUUAUUUAAAAAUCUUAUGGAAGUUACCGGUGCUACGUCACCGCAUGAAGUUUUCGAAAGAUUUUCUUCGCAAAAGGAGUCAGCAAUGCGUUUGAAUUAUCUCCGCACCGCCGCUGAAGCGGAAAAAGGUAGUUUGGAAUGUUUGAGGGAGGCUUUGACUAAAGAGCUAGAGUCGUCUAAGUUUACCGAUGUCAAGGAGAGAGAAGUUAAUCAAGAGGUUAUUGAAAGAAUAAAAUCACAAAUAGCCGAAUAUGAGGCAGAGAGACAAAAGAACUUGGAAGCAGCAGAAAAGUCUUUGGAAGUAUUAAAAUUCAUUAAGGAAAGGUUAUGUGAAAUGAUUUAUAAGCUGCAGGAGGUAGACGAAAACAAUGUGGAAUUAAAAGAAAAAGACAUGACCAUUAAAGUGGCAGAGUUGCCAGAUUUUUUAGUUAAUAAAGCAGAGGAUUUAGAUAUGAUUAUGAUACUCAAGCUAAAAUUGGAGAAAUGCCAAGAGUUAAGUAAACCACAACAACAAUCAAUAGAAAAGUUAGAUUUGGAUAUAAGCGAAGAAGAAUUUAUGUCUUCGUUGCAACCACCCAAGCCACCAACAGGUCAAGAAGGUGAAAAACCAGCUGCUAUGCCAAUGUGUUAUUAUAAUUUACUGGCUGGACGAGCACAAAGAGCUGCAGGCACUUCUUCGUCAUCACCUGAACAAGCACCGGCAGCAGCUACGGCAGCUAAUGAGGAAGAAAGUGAAGUACCCUCACGUAACUAUUUGAAACGUCAGUCUGUACUAAUAGUUGAUCAAAAGUCUCGUAGGAAACCUUUUAGACCGGCACCAGCAGCUCGAAGGAAAUAA